AUGUCUAGCCCCAAUAAGUUAGGCGAUUGCGAAGCCAUAAAUAACUUUCCUACUUGUUGGCCAUUUCCUUAUGGCCAAGGCUUCGAUCCCCGUCAUGGCGCUUCGGAAUUUACCGUUCAUGGCGCUAUAUCAGGCAACCUAGCCAAUAGCCACCACAAGGAGAGUCACCGCACCAGUAUUUGGGAUAGAUUACGGGAUAUCAGCAUGGACCGGGCAGAUUCAAGAAAGCCACAGAGCUCCUUAAAUAGAUUUUCCGAAGCCUGCUCAAUAGCUCCGAUCAGAGAACAACUUCAGGGUCCUGACUGUGGCCUAGGAAGUUUAUUCACUGAAAAUGGUAAGGAGCUGAGGUACUUCAAGAAGGUAUUCUGUGAUUCAUCCUUGCUAGCUGCCUCUCUCUGUGGUUCGCCAAGAGGGAAGUUCACCCAGCAAUUAUGCACAGCACUGAACCAGCGCUACACAAUUCCCAGCGUUGAAAUGGAAGAAGAAAGCUUUGUGAAACAUGAUUCAUCGCCUCUUUUUUCUGUCAAUUUGCCGUCAACUUGCAAUCCAAACUUCAUGGGCCCUAGCGUUGGCAGUCUUCAUAAGUUAGAAAAACAAAUUGGUGAUCCAGAUGAUGCUCAGAAUUUCAUUUCCAUGAGACUGCUAAACUCAAACUACAUUUUGGAUGCUUCAAUUUUGGAACAGAAAUCGCCGUUUCCGUUUGACGUUUCCGAUUCAAGAUCUAUCAGGAAGGAUUCCAGUUGUGCAUCACAAGGCAGCUGGAGACUGAGACCUCAACAAUAUGGUAGAAUUGCCGCUUCGCCAAGAGAACCCUCGCGUUCUAUUUUGAAUCUUCAAGAGACUUCAACGCCGACAUUGACUAAAAUUCUUCCAAUAACCGAGAGCGCCAGGCUAUUUGACGAUGAUGAGCUGAGAACCCAGUCUUCAGAUGAGCUGGAUAUCAGCUUGGACAGUAUUAGAAGCCUGCGUUGCGGCCAUGAGGGCCCAAGCCAGCUUACUUUCAAAGCGGAAUCGUCUGUCGAACAAACAUCGACCACAGCAAAACGAACGGCACGGAAAUCUGUUCUAAAACCUCAUCAGGGUUACCAGAGCUUUCGCAGGGUGAGUCGUUCGAUUGCAGAAUCUGCAAUUAAUCCCGCUACUGACAGGGAAAGUGAGGACAUCAAUAGUGAUUCUGAAUCACCGACAAAUGGAAAGUUUAUUGUUAAGCUCAAAUUUGAUCUGAUUAAAUCUAGAGUCACUGUCAGUCGAUACAUGAUGAUGCUGACUUGUCGUAUGAAACCGCAGCGGAGAACCUACAACAGGAAAAAGGGCCCAAAUAAAGGGAAGAUUAGAAAAAAGCAAGCCUGGGAGGAUAAAAAAAUGAGGCAAGCUACUGCGGCCUCUGGUGGGAUCGAAAAUAGAGCGAACAAAGGCGGGCCAAACGAAGCGUCCAAAGCAACAGGAUCAAACACAUACUCAAACAAACCCAACGGGUGCUGGACGUGCCGCAUCAGACACAAGGCAUGUCCCCAGGACGGAGAGAUUUGCAGCGCAUGUGUGCGGCUCCAUCUCGACUGCGACCGAUCGGCCACCACACCACACUACAUUGUCUCACGCGAGGCGUGCAAACAGAGGAAGAAGGAGAUCAAGGAAGUGACCGAUGUGUAUCGUCGCAUAGCGUUGCAGGCCGGGCGAAAGGUGCAAGUAUGGAUUCGAAAGAAUGGCACAAGACGGCGCCAGAAGCUGUGA